AUGUAUCCUCAAAACCUGGAUAUUUCCAUUGAUGCCGCAUACCAGGAAGCAAUCAAACAGAUAAUAAGCUCUGGUGCAUUGGAUCUCAGCACCGAAGCCUACAACUCUGCCCUUGCACUUUCUGCUGGCAGGACACCAGUUGUUUCAUCACCUCACCGUGCAGAUCUUAUUGCAGAUGUUUACUUAUCAGCGACGUCUCAGGACGCUUACGAAGUUUGUUCAACACCCGAAUCUAGGUCGAGUUCUUUACAAACACGCUUGCAUAAUAAUUCUCAGGGAUCGGCGAAGCAUGGCCGUAUGACAACACCAGUACUGGCGCCCAAACGUCAGUACCAGCGAGACUCCGAUAUUAUGGUCAGGUUUCAACGCGACUCAGCCCAUAUUGGUAAGGUGGAUCGCUCUUUUCUAUCGUACAGUGCACUUGGAACACCGAGUAGACAGCCCAUCAAUAAAAAAAGCACCCCUCAAGCACAAAAAGAUAGAGCACAUGGGCAUGGACAUCGAGGAAAGGCCUCUACAAACCAUAAAUCUACUCACAUAGAAAGGCAAUCUGCCCGAGAGUUUCUUGCAAAACUCGGACUGACACCGGAAACUGUUUCUGUAUCUGAGUAUGAUGAGCUUCUAUCUCUACUACUUGCGCUAAAGCACCGUAACUUUUGCGAUUUGAACAAGAUCCUCUCUCUAUUUCCUUAUAACGCGGCCUUAAAUUCGAUGUGCACGUCCCUAAAGAGCGCUGAGGUUCGAGAAAAAUUAGUUGAUAUUCUCCGCCCAAGCACGUCGCAUACUCCUCUUGCACUUCCAUGUACAGAAUCCUCACCAGUUAAGACCAUAAAGCCAUCAAAAAGAAGACUCAAGAAGCGGCUCAAGCCCAAAGCAGAAGUAAAGACACCCCACUUAGCUACUGAUGCUAAUGAAACCGCUGUAUCUAUGCCUGGCUUAGACUACUAUCUACAUCUGGCUGCUGGUCUCUCAAAUGAGCCCUCACUAACCAACGAUUCAUCGACACAGACUGCCCAAACAGAGCCUUCUAUCUGCCUUGAUCAAUCUGAGUCUGGCGGAGACGGGCCAGCUCACCGAACACUACAAGCCAGCACUAUCCUCACACUUAGUACAGCCCAAGAUGAGUUGGCAAAUUUACGAGAACUGAACUCAAAAUUGAUGCAAAGCCACGACUUUGUAGUCCAUGAGUUGGACAAUGUCACCAUGCAACUUAACAAAGAAAUGGAAAAGACAGCCAAGCUACAAGCUUUUAUCUCUGAGAAAGCUGGCUGCUUGCAAGGUUGUGACGCAGCUUCUUCCUUGAACGGGUCACUCUUGCUUCCCCAAUCUUCCAGCACACUUGUGCGCAAACCAACUUAUGAAUGCAUGAACCUCGUUGACAAGGCCAUAUCCUGUUGUCUUACUGAUCGUCACCCUGAACAACAACGGAUUUUAGCUACAACCUUUACAGACAAAGAAGUCCAGGUAUUUGCAUCUUCUACGUACAGUAUAGGUACUUCCCCUCAUGUUUCUGUUGAGUGCCCUGCAAUAUCACCACCUCGUCGUUCAACUGCUGAGUUCAUCCCCGCUGUGGUAGCAGACAGGGACCGAGAUGAAGUAGUUGUAGAGGCUAUCGUUAGAAACCAUCCUGAGAUGAAGCAGCGCUCAAAUUCAGUGGUUAAUAUCUCAUUGACAGGAGGGCCGCAAGAUACUCCGUUACACCUUUCCACAGCUAACCUAAGCCUUUCUACUCUGGAUUUGUCACCCCGCUCCCUCAAUACGAUGAGUGCAGAACUAGUGGGACCAUUCAGUUCAGUUGACUCUAUGCUAGAUCUCAUCGCAAGCUACAUAGGCGCCAGUUCCACGGAGCUUAAAGACCAGAUAACCCUUUCGUACUCUCUUGCGCAACUAUUCGGCAUUGGCUGGUAUGAUACUCCCUGUACACAGCUGGCUUCUAUUGCACUGUCAGAUAUUGACUUAUUUGAGUCAGGAGAACUUGUUCAUGAAACGCCUGCCGCUGUAGAAGAAUUUCUUCGAGAGUCUUAUGCUACAAGCUUUGGCUCUUUCCUUGUGCGUCCGUACGAUCAUUCUCUUUUAACAUUACUGUUGUUGUGUGUGUAUCCUGCUGUGAUGUUUCCGUUUGUAGGUACAGCUGCAUUAUUUUUGGCCCCCGUUCUUCACGACGUUGACAGGUCUACCUCGGAUGAGUACUCUGGCGGAUGUAUCCUAAUUUCUGCCCUUCUUGACUUGACCAAAGCAGUAGGAGACUAUUUUGACAAGCGCAGUUUUGAGAACCUCGUAUCUUCUGUACAAACUCUCUUACAAACUAUAAAAGAAUUCACUGGAGAGAUCGAGACAAGUUGCCUUCUUCCUGUCAUCUUGACACUAGUGAGGGUAGUUGCUGAUAAGGUGAGCCAGCGCGCAUUGGUAUCAUCUCUUACAGAAUUAAUAAUGGUCACUAAUGAUAAGAUUUAUGAGAUAUUUAUAACAAUACUAUCUCAGGUACUAAAGAAGAUCACAACUAGGAUAAUGUCCAAUGAUGAUGAAGAAUCUCUAGUGACUCCCGAGCAGCAAAUUGCAUUACGGAUGGUACGGCUUUCCGUUCAGACUCUUGCCCCACUUAGACAACCUGUGGUUUAG